CUCCCCUGAAAUGCAGCAGCUGUUCGCCGCUGCCCGGCAUUUUGGGGCAGGGAGCGAAGGACAGUCCUGGGGCAAGGGGAGCACGCGGAGGGGGAGAUGCGGCGAUCCCUGCUGGGAUUUGGCUGGGGCAGUGACAAUUAAAUCCCGCAGCCCCCCUGAAAAUGCCGCGUCCUUUGUGGGUGGUGGUUUGUCUGCCGGCGAGAUGCUUUGAGCAACAACGCUGCUUCAGGUUCGGCGGGCUAUUUCGUCUGGUCCAGGCGGGUCAAGCCGCUAGCGGGGACCCCGACACCUCUUCCUGCGAUGGACGUGUAUGUGUGUGGUGGGGGGGGACAUCUCUCCGAAUCUGAGUAGUCUCUCGUGUAGCAAUCGACCCGACACAACCUCCCCUCGCUUCUGAGUAAGGCUGAGAGUGGCAUGGCCCCUGCCCAUCACACCCACGCAGCUGGAUGGAGCCUGCUCUGUACCUGCACCGCGCUCCUCGCAGAACGCUUUAACCCCUCCCAUCUCAUUAUAGUAAUAUCCUUAUGAUAUCACCCUAGAAUUUCCUGCCCUUAACAACCCCAGAAGGCUGGGAGGGAGUGAAGCGUUUUUGGAAAGUAUUUAAUGCUACUUCGAGGGCAGGAGGCGGACGGGAAAUAAACGGGUGCGGGAGCGCUGUGCUCACGGGGCUCUCUGCAGGACGGCCGAGGGAAAGGACUGCGCCCAGCGAGGGUGCGUGCUCGCCUCCGCUGCUCGGGGCUCCAGCCCCGGGGACGUUUUCCCCAGUGCUAUUUGCUGCCCACUCGUCGACUAGAUUUACCCGGGGCCCCCUGCGUCUAAUUGAGACAGAAGGAGCUUCGCGUCUUAGCCGUCGGCUUAUCGGGUUUUUCUCGCUGCAGCCCAGCAAGCAGGCAGCAAGUCUUUGAAAAGCAGCCCAGGCUCCAUAGAAAGACUCGGCCCAUCUAUCCCUCUGAACGCGCACGGGAGGAUGGGUGCAGAGCAGGGACCUUGCCUAACAAGAUGCCCACGUCCCCCUGAUCCAGAGAGGGAAGGCGAAGGUCCCUGCAGCUGCGCGGGGGUGCUAGAGGCUUCUGCUCCCCUGAGAAGAGCAGUGCAGCAGCCUCAGCGGCUGUGCGCUCAGCGCUGGGUGUAUGCCUUCUGUUCUCCCACACACGCAUGUUAAAAGGCUUUUUGGUUCUUAGUGCUCCAACGUUGCCUUAGAGGAAGGAGCCUGGAAGGACAGAGAGGAGUGCGGUGACAAGUCCAUACAAAACUGGAUGUUUCAGCUCAAAACUCCCAGGUGUUCAUCUCGGUGGGGCCACGCUGACCAUGCUCAGGAGCUUCUGUCUCCAGCUCAUGUCCUUGCUUUGGAUCCUCUUGGCGCAUCACCAGCUCGCCCAAGGUGAUGACUGCAGCGAGCGCUGCAACCUGGCCCAUGGCUGCUGCGACCAGGAUGGGAAGUGCAGGUGCGAUCCAGGCUGGGAGGGCGAGUACUGCGAGGAGUGCGUGCGCAUGCCGGGGUGCCUCCACGGGACCUGCCACCAGCCCUGGCAGUGCAUCUGUCACAGCGGCUGGGCCGGCAAGUUCUGCGACAAAGACAUACACAUCUGCGAACACCAGUCUCCGUGCCAGAACGGGGCUCAGUGCGUCUACGACCGAGACGGGGACUACUCCUGCCUGUGUCCAGAGGGCUUCCACGGGAAGGACUGUGAGAUGAAGGCAGGGCCGUGCGAGAAGGCAGGGUCUCCGUGCAGGAACGGGGGUCAGUGUCAAGACGAAAACGGCUUUGCCAGCAACUUCACCUGCCGGUGCCUCGCCGGCUUCGUGGGGGCUCUCUGCGAGCACGACGUGGACGACUGCCUGAUGCGCCCCUGUGCCAACGGUGCCACCUGCCACGACGGCAUCAACCGCUUCUCCUGCCAGUGCCAGGUGGGCUUCGAGGGGCGUUUCUGCACCAUCAACAUCAACGACUGCGCCAGCCAGCCCUGCAAGAACGGGGCAAAGUGCUACGACCGCAUCAACGACUAUGACUGCUUGUGUCCUGACCGUUUCACCGGCAAAACCUGCGAGAUCUCCGUCCCCGAGCCCACCUGGGCUCCCCCCUACCACCCUGCGAACCAGGAGAGCGGCGGGGCGAUGCGGAGCACCACCAGCGAGACGCCCCCCGGGGUGACGCAGCCGGAGCCCGUCAGGACUGCGGUCACGGGGCGGCGUGUGGCCAACCACAGCGAGAAGGUGCCGGGGGGCGGGUUGUUGAAAAUCUCUGUGAAGGAGGUGGUGACCCAGAGGGACUCCGGGCUGAGCGAAGCCCAGCUGGUGACGGUGCUGGUGUUCGGGGUGCUGACGGCGGUGCUGGUCCUCAUCACCGUCCUGCUCAUCCUGAGGAACUGGCAGAGGGGCCGUCAGAGGUCGAACUGGUGCCAAAGCCCUUCGCAGGCUGCCAGGAAGCUCCAAGACCAGGAGUGCCAGGUGGGCAUGCUGAACACCGUCCUGAUCGAGCCCAGGAAGACGACGGAGCUGUGAGCUGCGAGGACUCUGAGCCAGGCCCCGGCAGGUCGUCGUGCUGGCAGACCCCCUCGAACUGCGCCCCGGGCAGCUGUUCUGGUGCAAACUGGGGCAGCGAGCGCAUCGAAGAAACCCCACGGCGCUGGGCACGGCGCGACGUGUCCGAGCCAUCUCCGCCCGGCUGGCACAGCCAGCGCCCGCGGGAAUCGAGGCAGGGCCACGUGGGGCCAGCCCCACGAGGGAGCAGCGCCGGUACCGCUCCGACGUGAGCUCUCGGAGGAGGAGGACACGGCCGUCUCACAGACGUCUUCUGGCAGGCCCUUUGCGACUCCUCCCUGUGACUACUGGAAGUGGCUUUGCCCUGUUUCUGCUGGUGUUGGGGUGUUUCUUCUGGGGCCUUUGGGAUGGUUGCGUCUGCUCAGGGCUCUCUGCCCCGGGAUGGGACGGGGUCUCCCGGCGGUUUCUGGAGGCUGUCGUUUCAGAUGCCGUGUCCCUAAGGAGCGAGCAAACGCUCUCGCUCCGCGGCCUUGUGGUUCUGUGAGCCAGUUCGAAGAGACUCUGGAGAUCACCUGGGGUCUCCUCCUGCUCUUUUCCUGCCGUGUGAUGGAUGCCCCCUCCUCUUGCUGUCAGCCUUGGCAUUACAAACGUGUUCCGUACCUUCCUCCUGAUGAUCCGUGGGGUCUUUUCCCCCCACUUACCGAGCCGUCCUUUCUGGCCUGGACGCGAACCACAAAGCUUCCCCAGCGCGCACUUCUGCUUCGCUGUUUGCUGACGGGGAGGAGCACAGCCUGCUCCCCUCCGGGGUCCUCAGGGCCUGAGCGGGUCCUUCUCACGUGCCCCUGCAGGUGAAACUGGAGAUGGAUGAGGCUGGAGAUGGGCUGUGGCUGGGUUAGGAGCAACACAAGAUCCAGACCCUCGUUUCCCCUGCCAGCCACGCCAAGGCAGGCUGCCAGCACUAACCUCAAACCAGCCACCGCAGUGCUUCUUGAUACAAACCAGGCCAUGCUCCCCGCCGUGGCUGUGACGAGCCCGGGACGACUGUAGGAAGCAGGCAGAGCACUGCCUUCCCCACCGUUGCUAAAGCACAGCCGAGAGGCAGCAGAUUGCUGUGGCACUUAGUCCGUGCACCAGGUCUGCUCUGCCUUUUCUGGUUUGGUGCGCAGCAAUCAGCGCCUCCCUGCCAGGAUUUUCUGCGCCGCCUCCUCAUGGGAACCGGGGGUUAAGCAGUGGAUCCCUUACAAACAAAGCAAAGCAAAACAAAGCAAAAUAAACCCUACUACUGGCCUG